UCAUUGGCAGCAGAAAACUGGAAGGAAAGGCGGCCAAAGGAGGUGUUGGCUUUAGGGAUGACCAGUGAGAUGUACCUGCUGGAGCGCGUGCUACGGAUGAAUCGACUUGUGGUUAUCGUUGCGACACUCUUUGUCCCCACUACAUACAGUGCUGCAGGCGGUUCGUGGUGUUACCAUGAUCCUAGUUGUGAUGACACCACUUGGUCAACCAUUGUCACUGAACAUUGCAACGGAUCCCGUCAGUCUCCCAUCAACAUCGUCUCUGCAUCGGCAGUGGUUGAUGAAACCCUGACUGCCUUCACCUUCACCAAAUACGGAGACAACUCCACAAUGAACAAGAUCAAGAACACUGGCAAAACUGUCAAAGUGACGCUCACGAGUGGUGUCCAGGUUAAAGGUGGGGCACUGUCAGAGGCCUAUGACAGCCUGCAGUUUCACCUCCACUGGGGGAAUGGUACCUCAGUCCCUGGGUCGGAGCACACAGUGGAUGGAACACGCUACCCCAUGGAGUUGCACAUAGUAAAUGCCAAGUCUUCGCUCAAUGGUAAUACGACCGCGGCUGUUGCAGACGGCACGGGCCUCGCUGUUCUUGGCUUCUUCAUAAAGGCCAUGCCGAGUAAUGUGACUGGUUCACCAGCAGCCUGGAAUACUCUGACGUCAUACUUGGCCAACAUCACACUAAAAGAUGAGUAUAUAAACAUUACUCAUGAUGCUUUUUCAUUGGAUGAGCUCCUGGAAGGGGUGGACCGUACCAAAUACUACCGUUACCUUGGAUCCCUGACCACUCCAAACUGCAACGAGGCUGUGGUUUGGACCGUGUUCAAGGACCCUAUCAAAGUCAGCCAGGAUUUGAUUGAUCUCUUCAGCACAACAGUGCACAUUGACCACAACUCCACCUCUGACUUGAUGACCAACGUCUUCAGGAACAUCCAGCCUGGCAACGACUGGGUGGUGACGACCCAGGGCCGUCCAGCGUCGGGAGCCUCCACAAUGUGCUCCUCUCUGGGCCUCAUGGCCCUGGCCUUGAUGCUGCUGAGGGUUUAGUGGCGGCGAGUAAUGCCUCACCUGAAGUACACUACCAUACAUACAUCGAUUACCAACAUGGUUCACUUUGAUCCAAGGAGAAACUAUUUGAAAAAGCAACAAUUAUAGCAAAAUAACAACUUAUUUAUUAUGCAAACAUCAUUAGACAUGUAAUUAAUGUUAUCUGAAAAAGAAAAAUGACCGAAACAGACUUAUUUUAGCAAAAUUUGAGUACAUUUUAAUGUACUGUAUAAUGAAAAAAUAUGUAAUGUGCAGGUUUUUCCCAAAAUUCAACCCACAAUACUAAGAAGCUAAUUUACCAUAAUUCGAUUAAAGUAUCAUUUCGUUUUCUGAACUUUGAAGUAAAUAUUAAUACUGUCAUAUUUAUGUAGUUAAAGCGACUGCCAUUUAAAGAGGCAGUACACAAGUACAUCAGUUCACUUCAAAAAGUGAUCCUGAGAGCCGACUUUUUGGUCGACUUUGUUGGAAGAUUUGUAUAUGCAUUGGAAUAUGCAUAUAUGCAGAAAAAUAAAGUCAUUUUGGUUUUGUA